AGGACAGCUCCUGAUACUGUUUCGAGUGGUCGCUGGAGUGGGCGUGGUCUAACAGCUCGCCAAGAAAUCCGAUUGGACGACAGUAACGUGGGAGGCUGCGCAGUAUUCGUCGAUGCUAUCGGAGAUUAUCUUGUUUUUGUCGCCAUGUCAGACUGAAAACGCUUCGGUAGAAGAUGAGUUCGCCUGUAUAAUUCAAUGUGAGAUAUAAUAUAAAAGCUCCUGUCCCGUCCUAUAUUCGAGCGAUUAUAACAGUAAUGCACGCUGGUGAUAGUAUUCUGUCACUCACUGCCACUGAAAAUACAAACGACAACAUGAAUCAACACUGUGUAAGAUUCAACUAAUGUCUCACGCGGACGACUAAUGUGAUGGGGACCGAUGCUAGCAAAAACAGCAAGCAGUAUACAAGGUCGGAGGAGCAGUCACAAAUAUCCAGAUGGCGGGGAUUUCUCUCUGCUGUGGGAAUAUCUCUCCCAGCUGGUCUCUGCCGAAUCAACCCAUUACGAAUCAGAUCACAUCGAAUGAUUUGUGACAAGGAGCCAUCCAUUCCUGAGCACCUGGUCUCCUCAUUACCAGGUCCUGAGAAACUCCGUAUGGAAUGGAGUCUGCCGAGCUUCAUCAACAUGUUUCUGCCCGAAUUCCCCCAUCGUAAUGUCCCAGGACAUGAACAUUUUCAGGUCCUGGGUUACAUAGCUAAAGGAUCUUUUGGCCCCAUUUUAAAGGUUAAGGAUAAGUCGAAGCAUAAGAUCUAUGCAGUUAAGGUUAUUCCAAAAUCGGAGAUUUUGCGCUUGGGAUUUUUGGAGCAGUCUAAGGAGGAAGUGAUCGUCCAGCGUCAGGUCCACCACCCUUUUGUCCACGACCUGCAGGACUGCUGGCAGACCCAGCGGCACAUCUACAUUAUGUGUGAUUACUGCAGCACAGGGGACCUGUACACAUACUGGGUGAUGAUUGGUCAGUUUGGAGAGGAUGUGGUAAAAGUGUUUGCUGCUGAAUUAGGUUCUGCUCUAGGGUUCCUUCAUGAUUGUGCAGUCAUCCAUCGUGAUGUGAAGAUGGAGAACGUGCUUCUGACAGAUCAGGGCCAUCUGCGACUGGCUGACUUCGGUUUGUCUCGGCGUCUGGAGCGUGGAGGAAGGGCGUUCACUAUUUGUGGGACAAUCCAAUACAUGGCUCCUGAAGUCCUUAGCGGUGGUCCAUACAACCACGCAGCUGAUUGGUGGUCUCUUGGUAUCCUUCUUUUUGCAUUGGCAACUGGAAAGUUUCCUGUGUCUCCGGAGCCGGAUCACUGUAGCAUGCUGAGGACAGUACGCAGCUUCCCGUAUGAGAUGGCAAAAAACUUCUCUCCUCCUUUUGCUCUCCUGCUUACAGAGCUUCUUUGUAAAACUCCAGCACGUCGCCUUCGGACACUGGAACGCUUCAAGCGGCAAACCUUUUUCCACGGCACACCGUUUGAUUCCCAUCUGCUCCAAAAGACCCCCAUGGAGCUGAUCCUGGAGCUGAAGAACCGGCCCGACCGUCCUGCCAAAGCCCGUCGAGGCCUGACCCUGGAGCCCUUCCCAAACUUUGACUGUGACUUUGUCUUAACCUCACCGUGCACACCCACCGCUCCAGACCUUUCACCGACUCUGGCCAACAUGGAGCGGGUAGAAGCACUCAUGCAAAGCCAUGCACCUCAGGACGAUGCUUCCCAAAGAGAAGUGUUUGUUUAACUUUCUAAGACAAUUUUGUCAGGAGUUUUAAAAAUCAGACACCUCAGAAGCACGUGGGGCAAGAAGGUAUUUUGUCAUCAUUCCAAACCUGUAUGAUUAACAUCUGUGGAACACAAAACAAGAUGUUUUCAAGAAUGUUGGUUAGUGCACAGCUGACUUCCAGUGAAUGCACAAAAAAUACAACUGAAGUCAGUGAAAAUGGAAACUGUUUGCUUGCCAGCGCUCUUUAAAAUAACUUCUCGUGUUCUGCAGUAGAAAAAAAACUAAUUCAGGCUUUGAAUCACAUGGGGGUGAGUAAAUAAGGACAACAUUUUCAUUUUUUAUGUGGACCUUUUUAUUGGAGGUUAUUCUUCUGUGAAGGAAUUUGGUUGUUAAGUGUAUUUCUUAUUGAGACACUCUUAUCCUUGCGUUGAACUCUUUACCUUUUGUUGAGACAUUUAGUGAAAUGUGGUUCAUAGUUCCUCAUAUCCUUUUUACAUUAUUUGACUAUGUUGUCCUCAUUAAUAUGCCAUCACUGUAUUUUCAUUAAACAAACAUACCAUAAAUUAAGUUCUUCCUAGUUUAUAAUGUUUUGAAAGCUUCACAGACCCUCAGGGAUAUAAUUUAAUGCUAAAUGGAUCAGAUUGUCAAAUGGAUACCUGUACUUUUAUAUAACAUUAUAUUCUCAGCACUGUGCAUUUGUUUCCAUAAAGCACUGUGGACUGAUACUGUGGGAAAGCGGCUGUGGUUAGGUGUUAUACAAAUGUUCCUAUUGGCUUUAUUGUUCAUACUGUUAUUUUAACUGCUGCAGGGACUGGUUGGAUGCCCAUGUAUGCAUGAAUAACCUUGUAUGCCUGAGAUGACAGUAUUUGUUUUAUGCCCAGAAUGCCUGACACCAGUGAUCCUUUAUUAAAAACUAAACAAAG